AUGACCUUGAAUUUUGAUUGGAGAGUGACUUUGGAAGGAGAUUACUAUGUUAGUCACUCUUGGGAAUUAAAUGGUAGAAUUUCUUUCAGUUUAAUAUCCGCUAUACGAAUUAAGUCCAAAAAGUUCUUAACAAGCAACGCGUGUUGUCGUUUAAUAAGGUUUUGUUGUCUAAUGCAACUUACUACGCCAAAUCUACUACCUUUUAUAGACCUCUUUGACUAAACAGAAUGCGUUCCACGCCGGACGUAUGUCACUAAAUGUCGCCCAUGUAGAAUAGUAUAACAUAUGAUCAACAGAACAGAAAUAAGUUGCGUCAUGUUUUUGUUAGUUCUUCGCGUCAGUUCUUUUAAAAAAAUGAAGCAUUAAAACGUUUUUCAAACUGAGAUGGUAGAGAUGCCUUUUAGUCUAAAAUGAAAAAAAAUUGCAUCUUUUGUAGUAAAAGUGAUGUGGAGAAUACAAAGCGAGAAAUGAAGAAAUUCGAUCAUACUGUUAGCUUAAAACAGCGGCUUUCCAGCUUUUAAUUGUAUCUGAACAAAAUACUUUGAAAUAAUGAAAUGUUUUGCCUAUUUUGACAGGAAAUUGAAAGGAAAGGAAAUCCGCUAUAUUUAAGAUAUACCAGUGAGGUUAGUUUUAUUGUUUCUAUCCAUCACAGAGGAGUUGCAGCAUUUUUAUAUAAAGAUGGUUGAACGUGAAUUUUUUUCAUGUUGAAUAGCUGUUUUUUCAAAGCUUAUUUUUUCAAAUCCUCUCAACAUUUUGGCUUUGUUAUCAUGAUCCUGAACAGCAUCUCUUUAUUUUUCCUUGCAGGUCUUUUGGAAAAAAAGGGGUGCUUUUUGGGAUCGCUUUCCAUUAUUUGAUUUUUUGGGCUGAUUAUCCGUAUAUUAAGCUUAUCUCAAAUGGAAAUAUUGAAGUAUCGAAUAAUUUAUGCUGCUGUUGGGUCGAUACCAAAUGAGACUGAUAUCCUUACUCUGUAAUUUGUGAUUAUUAACUUGGUGAAAAAUGAAUAAAACCAUUUACAGGUGCAUGUUAUCGUUGUGGUCUGUUUGAUUAAUUCGAAUAGGAAAUUUCGAUGCUGCGUAUGCAAUUUCAAGCCUUCCUAAAAUAUGAUCCAUGGAAAUUUUUUGAACACAGCGGUAUAAUAAAAUAAUAUGUAAGGACACUUCAAGUUGGUUUCAAUUGCAGCAAAAAAAAAAUGGGCGGCUGAGUGGUAGUAUAAACUCGUGAUACUAAUUGAUGAUUUAAAGAUAUUCAGUUACCUCGUUCUAUACUCUGUUUACGCAUGGCACGGGGGGCAGUAUCUAAGUUAAAUAAAAAAUGGGUUUUUUUUUCGUGCUCGACAACAAAAGAAUAACAAGAUGCUACUCAACAUAGUACAGUAAAGAUUAGAUAUAAACAACAAUGUUGAAAAAAAGGUUUUGACAGGUGUCUUUUAAGCGUUUGUGUAAUGAGAUGCUACGUAUAAAAUUUACUAAUUUUUUAUUGAAUGUGUUUUUGUUUAGCAAAAACAACGCGAAAGUCUCUUUGUUAUUCUAAAUUACAAGGACGAUUGGGUCGUCAACGCUUCACUUAUCGUUUUAAUUUCCUUAAACAGAGGGAUACCCUACAGAAAUGAGAUGGAAGUACAAUCCCCUAAUUCUUUGAAGAAUAAGUGCUGGUCAGCUGGGGUUGCAUGUAACAAUUCCGCUCUCACUAUUCUUAAACAAACUAUUCGAAAAUUUUCAUUCAAACCGAUAAUUGCGUCCUCUGUUCUGAUGAAAAAAAGAGGAAAAUUAUUGAAAAAUGGCGCAUUCAUAUUCAAAUUGCCUCUAGAGGAAAGUCUUGCCAGUCAGCCUCGACUAAUGUUAGGGAAAAAAAGAGUACAUGUGAAAUGAUGUUUAGUCCCAACCCGACAUUUGGCUGCAGUUUUUCCUUCAAUAUUUUUUAAUCUCGCUGAAGGACAGGAAUUAUAAGACAGAAUUGUCUGGACACUACAUUAGACAUGAAUCUUGGAAACGUUUUCUAUGGCAACCGUGAGAGUUUUUACCACAGGCGUUUAAAUGAAAUUGUUAAUCUACACGUCAAGUUACGUGAUGACACGUUAUGCUUUUCUCUUUAUACGCAGCUAUUUUUAUUCACGGUUAAAGAAUUGAUCAAGAAUUUCACACUGUGUGCUAAACGUUUUCGUUUUAAGAAAUACAGUAAACAAGAGAAAAGGCAAAAAGCUUGAUUGUUUGCAAGAAAAAUUUUAAAGAAUCAAUCGAGAGGUCUUCUUCCGUUUUUAACAAGACGACAUCCUGGUUAUCCAAGGCAUUCGUGAAAUAAAGUAUAGAAGGGGUAAAUUUGGGACAAAUUUUCAUCAUUUUGAGUUAGAAUUCCAAGACUGCAUUAGUUCAUCUCACUUUUCAAAACCACAAGUUUUAUCAGAAGGUUAGGAAUGAAUGAUCAUCAAUAUUCACUUCCUGUUAAUGAGAAACAAUUUCCAUUCCAAAAAGAUGUUUGCUUUUUCAAUCGGGAAUACGAUGUUUGGUAAACACGAGGGUAAACGAAGGAAAAAGUAGGAAGAAAAACGAGAGAAAAACUGGGUAAAACGAGGGCAAAACUGAACGAGGGUAAAACUGACGAGGGCGCAAACCCUUCCCGGGUUUAUUCACCGCGUUGCGUUCAUGGACAAGAUAUUUCACUCUCACAGUUGCUCUUUCCACCAAAGAGAGAGAGGAGACUCUGAGACUCUGUAAGGGAAAGCCUGUUAUUGCAUGACCCUUGAACUCCACUUAAUUUCAUCGUCAUAAAGGAUCGUUUCCAAAAUUGAUUUCAUUUUCCAUCUGUGACCGCCUCUUGGGUCUACAGAUGAGAAAACAUAAAAGAUCCUAAUUAUGAAUUGAUCUCUAAGAAAUUCAAUACAUAUAAGAAAACUCUUUGGGCCAUGUCAACCUUAAUUAAACAUCUAUUGGCAAAUUAGCCGGAGAAAAGGCAACAUUUUGAGUCAUCCCAUUGGCUCGUUAGGCUUGAAAAGUACCGUUGUACUUAGUCAGAUCCCGAAUUGUACGUCUCAGACUAAAAAGCAGGUAAGGAAGAUAACAUAUGUCGAAGGCUAUCAAAAUUCAUUCGUGAAUUGAAACUUGAAGUAUAAAUUUUUUUAAGAUAACUGCUUCAUAUAACUUACGUUUCUGGGUGAGCUAUAAGGACCAUGUAUUAUAGUUACUUAAGUUUUACACUAGAGUGGAUGUAAUGGUAGCAUUCCUUGCUGGUGAAGUUUCUUCUGAUCUUAAGUGCAGACACAUCGCUAAGUGCUUAAAAUUACUGAAUUCUCCAAAACUCUUUCAACUCUUGUUUUUUCCUUGUCAUGUUUUCAGACAAACCUAUAGCGAUUGCACCCCCAAUAGAGAUGAAUCAAUAAUUUUUAACAAGUCAUCCAAGUACAUGUAAAAUGAUUUAUAAUUGGGUCUUAAGAAUUAUAUCUGGCGAGAGCGUUCGAGGUCCAAAAGUAUCCAUUGCAAGGUACUCAUUUCUGCAAGCUGAAAAUAAGCAAACAAAUAAGAAAAUAAAAGCGCCUACAUCGCAAAAUUCUACCUUAAGGCUAAUUACUGGCACCUUGCUUGGACGCGAAUGUUAUUUUCAUGUAUCUCUGCUUAUCACUCUGAGUGCAGAGCUUCUCGGCAACAUCACUCUAGCAAUAUUUUACAUUACGUUUUAUAAUAUGGCGAUCAUGUAUCCGUGGGAGGUUUUUAAAGCAAAUUCAAUUUCUCAGCCAGAUCCUUUACUGUACCGUGAAGGUGUAUCAUUUCACGGAGCGGCAAGUCAAAAAUCAAGAUAAUCUACAGUAGACAUCAAUGACACCGUCUUUUUCGCUUCAGAUUCAGGAUGCGGUGCGUUUUUGCCAUUCAACUUAUCAGUGUAUUGAUGAUUUCCCACGUUGAUCUUAGCUAUGGCCAGUGUUCGGAUAUCAGCUGGCAUUCAAGCCUAGACCGAGUGGGGUGGUCCACUUGUCCCGAUUCUAGAACUUAUCUCAAGGGAUUGUGGAGAAACGAUAACAAACCUGGAGACGAGAGAGUUGGGCGCAUUGAAACUGCAAGAUGCUGUAACGCUUUUAUUUCAGCCUAUCACAAACAACCUUCAACGUGCUUAAAUGCAAAUUGGGCGCAGACUUUGGAUAGGUGAGCAAUUUGAGGAAAAUAAUAACAUAACUUCAAUCUUAACCCCGUAACUAUACUUUGCAAAUGAAUAAGGUAGAACGAUUUGUUAAGUUCAGCUUUACUGAAAAAAGAAAAAACAUACCUUCAUGGUAAUAAGUGAUAAAAAUCGUGUAUCGAAAAAUGGCUAGAGUCCAACUCGAUUAAAAUUAAGACUUCAAUGGGCCUUUGGUUCCAAAAAACACGUGACAAAUUCAUGCGUCAACAAAAAAUUUGAAAAAACAACUCAACUCAAGAAUCAAAAAUAAUGAAUGGAAGUUUCCACGUCAGUUUCGAAUGCCAAGUUCAAAUUUGUGGACUGGAUUGGCUUAGUUAUCGAAUCACACGCAGCACGUUAAUAUGAAAUAACACAAUAAGGGGAAAGGGAAAGGAAGAGACGAUUGUAGUUAGAAAUAUCAUCUAUUUGGGCAUUUCUCAGUUAUACACGCAUUCUGAUUGGUUCUCACUUAUGAUCUAUUGGAGGACAGAUGUAUAGAUGACGUCAUCAUUAAAACUUUUUUUAAUUAUUUAUUAUAUAAAACUAAUAGAUUCGAAGCUGCGCCUCGUGUGCCACUUUUUUGUUCUUACCACAUUUUGACGUCAUCUGUGAUCUAUUACUAAACAGACGCACGAUAACUUGGAAUCUAUUUCUUAAUUAGUACACCAAUUAUUGUUACAGAUAUGCUACUGUUACGGACAGAAAAUACUUCCAUAUUCAAAUGUGCAAUGUUAGUAUUGUUUCUCUCUAUUAACAAACAACUUUCGACAUGCUCAGAUAUUAAGUGGCCGUGCACCAUGGGUAGAACUAGUUUUCAUGCUGUCUAACACCGGAGAAAAAAAAUAAACGUUUAUGAUAAAGAGAACUAUAUAGAUAUUUCUUUUCCAUUCCAGAAAAUAUGUCUGGGCUCUGUGUCCUGCCGGUUAUUACAUGCAGGGCGUAAGGCUCGGCGCUGGUCCACCAGCCUAUCUAAACAACAUUGACGAGGCAAAAUGUUGCCACCCAAAGGGUCAUCCAAACAGUUUUGAACACUGCUACGAUGAAGACUACACUUAUAAGUUUGACAAUAAAGGUUGGGCGUUCUGUAAGCAAUUGGGCUAUUACUUGGUGGGUAUUUACAAAAGUGACUGCAAUCAACUUUACUGCCUGGAAAAGCUCAGAUGCUGCAAGAUGAAGUUAGGUAAACGUUCUCUAUUUUCAUUUCGAAUCAAUCUCUAACAGUAGAGCGAAUGAUGAAGGGCUGGCACUCCAAACGUCAGCUUCAGAAACUUUUUAUGGUGGCCAAUUGAUAUCAACUGUGUUGAUGAAACUAAAUUAUUUUUUAAUACCUCCAACCGACGCAGCACCACAGUUUCUUACGAAACUUACCCCCCCACCUUUAUUUUUAACGGUAUUUCCCAAAAUAACAGUUAAAUUCAUUUUCAAUUCAAUGAUAGUUUUUAUAUUGCCGUGAGACGCUGAACUUUGGGUGGUAUAACCUGUAUCACAGGAAUCAUUUCGUAUUAUUCUUGUCACUACGAGAAAACACAUUCUUUAACAUUGACAAAGUCCUUUUAUGAUCGCCCUUUUUUAACCGUAUCCGUACAAUUUGGACAAAUUGGGUGGUUAAAACCACAUUAUACCCAUUAUACCCUGAAAUUAUACCACCGCUGAAUUAUCAUUAUAAUAGCAUAAGUAAUUCUGAGCUCAGAGAUCAGCGAAAAAUUGAAGAAUUAUUACAGAAUAAAUUGAAGCCUGUAUUCAUCAACGAAAGGGGUGAGCUUCGCAAUCGAAGACUUUCCUAAAAACAUAAUCAAAUUAUAAUCACAAGUGAAAUGAUUUCUUUACAAAAGUGCUAAAAUUUCAAAAGCUGACUAUCAGUAUAUUUUGUUUUUUAAGGUGCUGUUAAUGGUGGAUGGAGUAACUGGGGAAACUGGGGACAAUGUAGCGCUACUUGUGGACAGCAUGCACAGCAAGAGCGCACGCGCAGCUGUACCAAUCCUCCUCCAUCACUCGGUGGGGCGCAAUGCAACGGAGAAAGCAGAGAAACAAGAUACUGUGGUGGCCAUGCUUGCCCUGGUAAGAGUAUUUUUAUUCAUUACAAGUGAAGGAGGCUUCUUUCACGUAGAAACCCUCACUGUCUACAGAUGCGAUAGAGUAUAAAACUCGCUCAAGAUAAUGUGAAAAACUUUUACGUUUGCAGUCAAUGGAGGGUGGAGUAUGUUUGGACUUUGGGGCCAAUGUAGUGCCUCUUGCGGAAUUGGAUAUCAAGAGCGCGUACGCUCCUGUACCAAUCCUCCUCCUUCCGGCGGCGGGGCGCAAUGUUCAGGUGAAAACAGAGAAACAAGGUCUUGUAAUGGUGGAGGGUGCCCAAGUAAGUAAAACUCUAUGAGGUAUUGCACAUGGGGGGAGGAGGGGGGUCAUUAUUUGCCGCGAUGGGGAGGGGGAGGGAGGAUUUUGGUUGUAUUACGAUAGAAUUUACUCGAUCCCCUUAGGCUUUGUAAUACUAUCAUGACCACCCCUCCCCCCUCAUUGGGCGUUGAUUGACAGUAAUUUUUCCAUAGUACCUCUUUUUCACUCCGUUGGCGAGGACUGAUCCUCACUCAUGAAAACUAUGUGUUGCCCUCCAAAGUCCUUUAAACCUCCUAGCGAUAAAAAAAGGCCACUUGCAUUAAAAUUCGCAUGCUCUUCAACUGUCACUUCAAUAUUUAGCAAACGUAGCUGGGAUGCUCUUCUUAGAUGCUCUGUGUAGUUUUCUAACUAGUCUAAUCAGCAGAUCCUCUUUUAAUAUUCCUUAUCAAUACUCGGCAAGAACGACUUAUCAUAAAAGAGUGACUGUGUUUGAUUUUAGCAAAUGGAGGAUGGAGUAGCUUUGGAAACUGGGGAUUAUGCAGUGUCAGUUGUGGAGCUGGUGUACAAGAACGCUUUCGAACCUGCACUAAUCCCCCUCCCUCCGGUGGUGGGGCACAGUGUUCAGGGCCCAGUGCAGAAUCAAGGGCUUGUAAUAGUGGAGGCUGUUCUGGUAUGGGUGAUUAAAUAGAAAGUACUCUCCCACGACAUAUAAGCAUAAAAUGUCUGGUCAGAGUUUCCGGAUAUGUUUUACAUUUAAGCUUAUAUGUUAGGUUUGUUUUAUAUCCCUAGCAAGCUGAACCUAACUAACUAACUCUCUGUAAUUGAUUUCAAUGGAUUUUAAUGAAAUUCCAGGGAAAGAGGAAUCCAGUAAACUUGUUACCGCGCUUCCAACAGAGGUCUUCCUCCUGGGUUGGCAGCGGUGCUCAUUUGAAAUUUGGGACGCAAGCAUUAGAAUCUAUUCCGUCAACCUCUUUAACCCUUUAACUCCUACGAGUGACUAAGACAAAAUUUCUCCCUACAAUAUUAAUACAAUAUCAAGGAGACAAGGGAUGAGAACAAAGAAAAAUAUCGAUUAGGGGAUAAUCAGUUGAUCCAAUACCAAAUACUCCGAUCUAACAACACAAGAAUUAUAUGGCAGACAGUAAGGAGAAGUACUAAUGGAUCUUGGGAGUUAAGCUUACCUGCAAGGAUCCGUCCUUAGCUUGGCUUUCUUUAUUAUGAUUACAUAGUUGACGGUGGCUGGAGUAACUUUGGAGAAUGGAGCCAGUGUACUAAAACUUGUGGAGGUGGAACCCAGAUGCGUGCAAGAACGUGCACCAAUCCUCGACCGGCAUAUGGAGGUAAACAAUGCGUUGGAGACAGCAAGGAGGAGCGAAAGUGUAACACUGGUCCAUGUGCAGUACCAAAUGGUAGGUCAAUCAUUUUUGAACCAUCAUUUUGAAGAUAAUAACAUAUAUAGCAUAAGGCUUAAGUUAUAGAAAGGAAAAAGUCAGUUUAUCGAGGUGAAGAUCUAGAUGUGGUUAUUCUAUAAUCUCAGCUGCUGCCAUAUUGAUCCUUAAACUAUUUGGAACUUAAAGCUAGCCAAGGCUACUCGAUAUUGUCGUGGUUUUAGUAUGGUAAAUGGGCAUGUAUGCGUAUGCAUCCUGAUGUCAUGGUGGAAACGGUUAUUAAUAAAGGUGGAGGACAUGUUGAUUGUUUAAUCGACCAAUUUUUGGAAGUUUUUGCAUCGUUUUAGUUGAUGGAGGGUUCACUCAGUGGUCUCCGUUCUCCAAGUGUAGCAAGACCUGUGGUAAAGGAAAGAAGACUCGCCACCGCGAAUGCACCAACCCACCCCCAUCGGGAUUUGGAAAGAACUGCAAAGGACCAUAUUCGCAGACUAUGAAAUGCAAAGUGCGUUCAUGCAAAGGUAUGGGAUACAAUUAAAAAGGAGAUCAUUGAGGUUAGAAAUUGAAUUCCUUCGGAGUUUAUUCUCAGAUGGUAGAUCAUUCUGUUUCCGGAGAUCUCAUGACGAUCUGAAAAUAAUCUGCUUCUCAUGCGGACGUUCCAAGGAUCCCGCCUGCUCAGGUUGACUAUACGUCGUCUAUUACCAAGACAGUGCCAUCACUGCCUGUAAACCAAGAACAGAGACCUAGAAGUCUAAAAAUAUGCUAGGGACGAUUACUUUUGGAAUACGAUCUAUGUAUUUGAUCUCAAUCUAUUGGUUUGGUCCGUUUUUAAUAAUUAAACGGCUUAAAAAGCUGAAACAAGUUUCAGUACUCGUCGAACUUCUUUCUAUGAAAGUUGCGAGAGAUAGUUUUGACUAUCAGUAAUUCUGUUGACUGCAAUGUCAUCAGCUACAGUAUCUUUGAAUACUCUCAAGUUAGGUAAAUUGGUCAAGGUGAAGAGUGACAGCCAAGCAAAAUCAACUCACACGUAACGCUUCUGAAUGUUAAGAAAUAUAUGCCAACUAUUUUUCUUUUACAGGAAAGGGGAAAUAGUUGGAAUGUACGACGAGAAAGCAGGUAAAUAUUGUAACAAGUGUAGCAGAAAAAAGGAAGCGGUUGGUCGUGUUUAAGGAACGUAGCGAUUGAGUGUUAUAGCUUGCCGUGCGAUGGGGUCGUUUUGGAAGUAGAUUUCUAUGCUUUGGUUAUAACCUGCCACUCUUCUUCACACAAUGAAUUCUACUGGUUACGCAUAGCCUUACGAAGCACUAUGCUUCGCUGGGAUUGGAUGGUUUCAAACAGUCGCCGAUGAUUUGUUCAUUUCGAUCCUCACUGGUUUGCGCAUGCGCGAAUUGUAUCCUUUUUUUGGCUUCUGUCCUGUACCUUUCCUAUAGUAAAUGUUGUUGAUUAUGGGGACCAGUAGUAUUUUGUAUUUCUGUGUCUCUCUAAUUGAAGGUCUUUUUUUUUUAAUCAAUGUCUUGUUUUGAUCGCCAUCAGUGAGGUUACCAUCAGUAAACUUUUUUUCUAAAAAUAAGGCGCGUGAUGUCGAGUGUUGAAGGCGUGCUAUGAAAGGGGUAAACCUCGAUAUCAUCAAUUCCAAUAAGUAUUCAAGAAAUUGCUCACGACGAAGAAAUACUCUUUGCCACGUUAUCACGUUUAGAUGAAGAUUUGAAAGUAAUCGUAUCCCACUUGAAACAUCGCGUGUGCCAUUUCUUUUGAAACACUGAUGACCUACUUUACGCUUUUAUGCAUAACGACGCUCACUUGGCCAAGACAUCCACUGCAACAGAGAAAGGACUAAUCUUAUAAAAUCUUUGAUUAGUUUUCAGAUCCAUGCCACGGUGAAUAAAAAUUGGAAGUGCUAAAGGUGUCUGUAACUGAAGGCUAAAACGUUACACAAUACUGGAAUCAUCUGUCCUUACUGUAGAGCAAGCUGUGAUGAAAUUAUCUGACCUUGCGAGCAAUAAACAACAAAAAUAACGCAUCUUGUAGAUUUGGUUCUUAAAUAAAUCCACGACCAAAAGUGUUUAGAUUGAGAUAAGAAAGAUGGAAAAUUUUGAGCUCGGUAAAUGAUAAAGGAGGAAGUUUUUAGAGUUAUCACGAGCAUGGAGCAAGAAAAAAACGGAGUAUCCAUGUGGCUUGCCAGGUUACAGUUUUUUUCCUUUUUCAAUACAAUUGAGUUUAAAAUUUUUUAAACAGGUUUUAAAGAAAAUAUUAGCACGUCUUACGUCAACUCAUUGGUUUUCACCAUAAAUUCUUUACUUAAAAAGAGAAACGAAACGUUUACCAAGCCAAGGAUAACUGAAAUUUAGCGCUUUGUCAGUAAUGAAACAAGUAUACAUUCGAUUCCAUAAGGGAGAAACAUGAUUCUAAAUUAUAAAAAUCUCCGAGACCCCCCCUUAUCCCAUUUUCUUGGUCUUUUAUUCUUGUUUUCUUUGGGUGAGUGACGAUCAUAUUGAUUUAGCAUACCCACCCCUCCCCUCACGGUUGUUUCCCAAUCAUAUCUUAUCUUUACAAAACAAUAGCCUUUGUCAGGUGAUCUGAUUAAAACCAUGUGCCAGUAACAUUUGAAAAUUUAACUCGUUAUACAAAAUGACAACUUAUGAAGGGAGCGUGUCGAAAAAAAUAAUCCAUCAUGGGUGCUCUAAAUUAAAAAUCUAAAAGAAUAAAACAAUAAAAAAGGACAUCUUGUACAGGUGGUUCUUAAAUAAAUUUAUUGACGAAAAUAACUUGACUGGAAUGAGUAAGAUAGCGAGUUUUGAGUAUGUUAAAAGAAUGAACAAAGAGGUCUUGUCGUGUUGUCACGACAGUGGGACAAAAAAAAAAACAAAAAACAGAAAACAAGCACCUGCACUUUACACUUUCACUUUUAAAAGUGAAGCAGCAGUUCGCUCUCUAUAGUAAAUAGUACUCUUUUUAACCAAUAUUCGUAGCAUGGACUGCUGAGCUGACGGAUAAGCUGCUGAGCGCUAGCGUCUAAAAUCUUAUGUUUUUUUUCUUGGACCAUGAACGCUCAGAAAAAUAAUGAUACAUCUCUCCAGCGUCCUUUUCAUAUAAUCAUUUGAACCGAAAACGAAAGCUUUAAAUAGAUCUCCACGUAAAUCGUAUGACUGCAAGCCACCAAUUUAGUUGAGCUUCAAAAUUUCCCUUUCAUUUCUACGCUAUGUUUAGCCUUUCUUUGAGCAAUAUAGUUUUUCCAAUUUAAGUUAAUACUAUUUACAAACAUGUUUAAAAAUGUUUUCAUCAAAUUUUAAAAGGGAGCAUGCCGUAGCUCUUCUUAUAUUACCUUGUCGUUGUUUUCUAUUAUAAAUGUUUUACUUAGAAAGAAGAACGAAACGUUUACUAAACCAACGAUAAAUUUUACAGUUUUAUUAGCAUUGAGACAGGUGUGCAGGUGUGCACCUCUUUCAAUAAUUAGCCUCAAGACGAGGGAUAAACAUUCUCAUAUGCUAAUGCUAUGCACCUCUUUACCUGCUUUAUUGAUUGAAAAACAAUACUGUGUUCUCGGAAUGUGCGCGCUUAUUCGCCUGAUUACGUGUUUUUAUACACAGUACAGGAUGCGCAAUGCAAUAAUGAGGAAUCGCCUUAAGGGUGAUUUAAGUUAGAAUUAGAAUUUCCCGGUGACAUUUUCAAGAGAGAAGAUGUGCCAAUGUCCUUAGCACCUUUCUCUGCGAAAAUAUAAAGGCUGCUAAAACAAUUGAAUCCUUGGUUCAGUAUCGAAGACGGCUCAAUGUUUUUGAGUCGACCCGCUCAAUGUUUUUGAGUCGACCCGAUAUUUUCUCUGCACGGUUCAAGUUCAAGAGCGCAUUGGGUUGACCAUAGCCGUGACCAUAGCUGGGCAACCUCUCCUUCUCUGUCUGAUGUUAACUCUGAAGAAUGGCCGAGAAAGGAUCAGUUCUCGAGUGACAGUGGCUCUCGAUGGUAUCAGACCGCGGUCAAACACCAACCUGUCGGCUAUUCUUUAAAUCUUGUAUGCUGCGUAACACUAGAAAUUGCAUUAAUCGAUAUUAAUAACCCUUGAUAGUCUAUCGAAUUCCAAAAAUUAUUUACUUUCUUAAGGUGCUACCGUUCUUAUGACAAACUGACGUCGAUCAUUUGUUCCAUUAAACUUGAGGACUCAAUAUGAAAAUUAUGUAUUUUUCAACAAGGAAAAAAGACAAAGGAAAGUAACGCUGAGGAUCAAAGGCAAUGGCUGACCAAUGAUAAUUUUUUUCUGCUAUUGUUUGAAUAAUCCGAUAGAGUCGGACCUUUGUUCGAACUAAGAUUGGUGUUGAGAAAUGAAAAUUGAAAAAAAUACUGGAUAAUUGAUAGUGAAUGUGUGCGCGUUAUUCUUUCGUUGGUGUGUAAUCAUUAGCUUUCAACACGAUUUAUGCAACGUGAAGAAGUGCUUGUCUAAGAAAAUCACCUGCUGUGAAAGAGAACAACUCUUUAGACUAUUCACCGACAAAGUAUUAUCUUCAAAUAACUCUAUCCUUGUGAACAUUUUGCCAAAUAUCGUUGCCUUAAUAGAUGAUAAGAAUUCGUGUGUGCUUUAAGCAAUAGUUUUGUGGGAUUUUUUCUUCUAUUUUUGCAGCCGAAUCAGUCACAAGUGAAUAUACGCUGAUCUUAAAGAGAUCAGUGUAAACCCAUUGGGGCACUUUUAUUCUUUCACUUUUAUCAUUUUUACUCAUUGUAUAUCAUCAAAACACUCCCGCACAGUUGCAACUGCGCCGCUUAGCCAAACACACACUCCUGGUGAGUUAGUUGUUACAGAGAGAUGUCAUUCUUUAGUCAUGAAAAUUAUUAUCUAAUAACCUUGUAUUGGGUUGUCAUACUGAGAAGUUUCAUUCGUAUCAUGUUAAAUACCAUAAUUGUUUUAUAAUUUGUAAAAAUUUUUAAAGUUUAUUUUUUCCGACGCGUUUCGUUGAACAUUAAACAGCAUAUAUACAAAUUCCUGCUACUGAGUUUAACUUCUUAUGGAAGUUAUUAAUAACUGAUACAUGUGAACGGACGUUACAAGAAACGCCUCAAUACGUAUGUUAUUGCGUGUUGUUAUAUUCUGGAGGCCAAUCGAAUGAACAAAUAAACGAGAAACUACCACAACAAGACGUCUUCCUUGGCACUGUUCACUGGUCUGAGUUAAUAAAAAACGAAGAAAAAAAUAUAUAUAUAUAUAUAUAUAUAUAAUAAAUAAUUUUAAAAAAAGCUAGAGAGCAAAUGAGCAUUUUUAUUUUGGUUAAAAUCUUAGCGUCCUUCCAUCUUUUUAACGAUCUGGGUUUACAUAAGUUGAUAUUACAAAGAAAGAGGGAAUGCUUUUCAUGAAAAGCAUUUCCUUAUUGUAUCAAAGUCCAUGCGGUUGAUUGCCAAUUAAGGGAAAUUACUGGUAAAGGAUAUCAAUUAUGCUCAAAGAAAAGUUUAUAUACAUUCUAAAAACAUCACCAGUAGGUAACUAAUUUUCAACACCGACAAUAUUUGUAAUAACAUCGUUACAACUGUUUGAUUAAAAAUUUCAAAAUAAAUGACAAAUAAAAAAAGUUUGUUUUACCACUUAUGGGUUUCGAGAACGAGAAAAAGUGCUCGUCUGAAGUGAGUUACAUUUUUAUGACCUGAGCAAAUAAGCUACUAGAUUAAUUUUCCACUUUUCCAUAUAUGCAUUCUUAAUAACCUUAAGCUAACAAAGAUUCGGAAAUUUAAUCAUCCGCUCAACAUGUAGCUUUUGAGCAAUGUAAACAUUUAGAUUCUGGCGUUAAAUUUUGCUCAAAAUUUAUCACCAAAAGGCCCCAGAAAUGGCUUUUCUAGCUUUUAAUUAUAAAGUUUUCAAAAGGGCCCUUCCUCUCAAGAAAUUCCCUGCCCUUAACAUCAUGAUUCUUAUGCAUGAAAUUAUUCUGAUGCCCUAGUGCUGGGGAACGGUAUUGCUUCAGAAAAAAUGAGACGCAUCCCAACUACCAAUAAGAUAAUAACUACAUACUCAACCCUUACCAAACAGUUUUGAGUUUGAAGCAGGAAGAGAAGGAUUCCCUUUUAUUCCUUGGUAUUCCUGACAAAAUUCGAGUCCUUUUGCAGAAAGGUAAGAGAAAUUUUCAGUACUUUCCAUUUAUCCAUUGAAAAUGUUCUGUUAGUUAUUUUAUGCUCUUCCUGUUAGCUUUCAUAAAUGCAUUUGGCUCUUGCGAGAAGAGUCGCAGAGUGAAAUGUUAUUGGAUACAUUUAUGUUCUUUUUUCUUGUACGCUCACUCUUCUCUCGUUACUUUUAUUCUUUUGAUGUAAGUGAAAUUAUGCUCAACAAAGGAAAAGAGGAUAGGUGUUCGAAUUAAACUGAAAACUCCAAUAUUUGAUUAGGGUAUAGAUUUCACGGGGCAUUCAGGCCUGAGCACAAAUACAACAUAAUCUUGGCGGAUAGAUAUCACAAUUUUUUAAAAUGAUUUGGGCAACUUAACCAAUUUUUCUUUAUCUUUUAAUUAGAGAAAUGGUUUUAGGAAAAGUUAUCACUUUAAUGAAGAGUUGCUUUUUUAUUACUUUUGAAAGAAGAAACAUGAAGAGGUAUCGCGUAUCUCAAGCACGUCUUUUCGGAAACGGCUGGUCUUAUUUUCAUCUUUCUCUGUAGAUUUUGGGACGACCAAACCAUUUACCCUUUCUUACGAUAACAUUGACAGACGAAAUUGCAAUCCUGUAACCACUUGACUUUUUUUUCAAACUUUCGGAUCUCCAGCGUUUUAAUCUGCACUUUGGUUGCCUGAAAGAAGGUUUUUUACAGGAUGAAGUUUGGGCUCGCACUUUACUUUAUCAGCACGCUGCUGAUAAUUCAACCUGACGCCAUUCUGAGCUGUGACACAGCAAAUUGGUGGAAAAGUCUUGACCAGAAAGGUUGGUCUGUAUGUCCAAAUGAUCGUACUUUCCUCAAAGGACUCUGGCGAAAUGAUCCAUCGGGGAACAACGGCCUUUGGCUUAUCGAGGAAGGAAAAUGCUGCGGAGCUAAGGAACCAAGUUAUGCUAAUCAACCGUCAACUUGCACAAACGCAAACUGGUGGAAGGCAUUAGACGGGUGAGUCGUGCUGGUUGAAUAUCACAGGGCUUUCAAAACUCUGGCUUUCGAAACUUUUCUGAUGGAAAGUAAUGCUUCGAUAAAUUC